GCAAUAACCGUAAGAAUACUCGUUAUUCGCGAAUGACUUGUUUGAAGUAUGUGACUUCUGUAGUCUACAUCUCUAUAAAGUCGUAGUAGCUAAAAGUGUUAUUACGAAGGCAGAUUCUGUUCAAUGUUAUGACUAGUUGCCGAAUGUUUAACGAACAAGCCCGCAAUUAGGAAAUAAUUAAAUUAACAUAGUUAGCUAGUUAAGUGGUAGAGGAGAAGGACAUUCAUAACGACGAUGAUAGCCUCUCAUCUUCUGGCAUACUACUUCACGGAGCUCCACCAUGACAAGGUUCAACAAGUGGAUAAAUUCUUGUACCACCUGCGGUUAUCGGACGAGAACCUGAUUGACGUGUCUGAGAGGUUCCGUAGGGAGAUGGAUAAGGGGCUGGGCCGUGACUCCAACCCUACGGCUGCUGUGAAGAUGCUGCCCACGUUUGUGCGCUCCACCCCUGACGGGACAGAAAAGGGAGACUUCCUGGCUCUCGACCUGGGUGGGACCAACUUCCGGGUCCUGCUGGUGAAGGUGUCUGACAACGGGAAGCAGAAGGUGGAGAUGGAGAACCAGAUCUAUGCCAUUACUGAGGAGCUGAUGAGGGGCAGUGGCGAAGAGCUCUUCGACCAUAUUGCUGAGUGUCUUGCUAACUUCCUGGAGAAGCUGGGGAUCAAGAACCAGAAGCUUCCUCUGGGCUUCACCUUCUCCUUCCCCUGCCAGCAGACCAAACUGGAUGAGAGUAUUCUGGUGUCAUGGACCAAGGGCUUCAAGUCGCAUGGGGUGGAAGGGAGAGAUGUGGUCAGCCUUCUGAGGAAAGCCAUCAUAAAGAGAGGGGACUUUGACAUUGACAUUGUGUCGGUGAUCAACGACACUGUGGGCACCAUGAUGACCUGUGGAUACGAUGACCAUCACUGUGAAAUAGGCCUAAUUGUCGGCACUGGCACCAACGCCUGCUACAUGGAGGAGAUGCGUCACCUGGAGCUGGUGGAAGGGGAUGAGGGGAGGAUGUGUGUUAACAUGGAGUGGGGGGCAUUUGGGGACGAUGGCGCUCUGGAUGAUCUUCGUACAGACUUCGACCAGGAGAUCGACGCCGGCUCCCUCAACCCCGGCAAACAGCUGUUUGAGAAGAUGAUCAGUGGGAUGUACAUGGGCGAGCUGGUGCGUCUGAUCCUAGUAAAGAUGGCCAAGGAGGACAUGGUGUUUCAGGGUCACACCACCCCUGACCUCGUCACCAAUGGACAACUCCAGACCAGCUUUGUCUCUGCCAUCGAGAAUGACAAAGACCAGGAGGGUCUGGUGAGUGCAGAGAAGAUGCUGAGGGGGCUGGGCCUGGACCCCUCUGUGGAGGACUGCGUGGCCACUCGGAGGGUGUGUCAAGUGGUGUCGACCCGGGCCGCCCACCUGUGUGCUGCCACCCUGGCCGCUGUGUUAAGACAGAUCAGAGACAACAAGGCUGCAGAGAGACUGAGGACAACAAUAGGAGUGGACGGCUCUGUCUACAAGAACCACCCACAGUUUGCGCGGCGGCUCCACAAGAUGGUGCGGCGGCUGGUGCCGGAUUGCGAUGUACGUUUCCUGCGCUCGGAGGACGGAAGUGGGAAGGGAGCGGCCAUGGUGACAGCAGUGGCGUUUCGGUUGGCUAUCCAGCAUGCCGAGCGGCAGCGUAUCCUGGACGCUCUGCGUCUGAGCCAGGAGCAGCUGCUGGACGUGAAAAGGCGGAUGGGAGAGGAGAUGAACAGAGGCUUGGCCAAGGAGAGUCAUGAUCAGGCCACCGUCAAGAUGCUGCCCACCUUUGUUCGCUCCAUGCCCGACGGCACAGAGAGCGGUGAAUUCUUGGCCCUGGACCUGGGAGGGACCAACUUCCGGGUUCUGCUGGUGCGUGUGCGGCGUGGGAAGAGACGCAGUGUGGAGAUGCACAACAAGAUCUACUCCAUUCCCCAGGAGGCCAUGCAGGGCACUGGAGAGGAGCUGUUUGACCACAUAGUGCACUGCAUCGCUGACUUCCUGGAGUACAUGGGUAUGAAAGGAGCGUCCUUGCCCCUCGGCUUCACCUUCUCCUUCCCCUGCCAUCAGAGCAAACUGGACCAGGGCAUCCUGCUAAAGUGGACCAAGGGUUUCAAAGCUACUGGCUGCGAGGGGGAGGAUGUUGUCACUCUACUGAAGGAUGCUAUCUACCGCAGAGAGGAGUUUGACCUGGACGUGGUUGCCGUGGUGAAUGAUACGGUGGGCACCAUGAUGACAUGUGGCUACGAGGACCCACUGUGUGAGGUGGGUCUCAUCGUAGGUACUGGCACCAACGUGUGCUACAUGGAGGAGAUGCAGAACAUGGAGCUGUUGGAUGGGAGCGAAGGGAAGAUGUGUGUUAACAUGGAGUGGGGGGCGUUCGGGGACCACGGAGAGCUGGACGACUUCAGCACAGACUUCGACAAAGCCGUGGAUGAGCACUCCGCCAACCCUGGAAAACAGACGUAUGAGAAGAUGAUCAGUGGGAUGUACCUUGGGGAGAUAGUGAGGAACAUACUGCUGGAGUUCACUACUAAGGGACUGCUGUUCCGUGGCAAACUCUCUGAGAGGCUCAAGACCAGAGGCAUCUUUGAAACCAAGUUCCUCUCCCAGAUCGAGAGUGACCGUCUGGCCCUGAGGCAGGUGCGCUCCAUCCUGCAGCACCUGGGUCUGACCAGCUCUACGUGUGACGACAGCAUCCUGGUGAAGGAGGUGUGUAGCGUGGUGGCUUGCCGCGCUGCCCAGCUCUGUGGUGCUGGCCUGGCCGCUGUGGUCGAUAAGAUCCGGCAGAACCGCAACCUCCCUGAGCUCAAAAUCACAGUGGGUGUCGACGGAACACUCUACAAACUACACCCACACUUCUCCAACUUCAUGCAUGAGACUGUCAGGGACCUGGCGCCGCAGUGCAAGGUCACUUUCAUCCAAUCAGAGGAUGGCAGUGGGAAGGGGGCGGCUCUCAUAACGGCGGUGGCUUGUCGCAUCCGAGACGCCGGGCAACGCUGAGCGGGGGAGUUCUGGAGAGCUUGUGUGGGUGUGGAUGGCGGCAAAUUAAACAAAGAGAUCUUCUGUUGGAUCUGACAAUUCAUCUUGAUAGUUGUACAGUUGUCUUAAAUAAAACUAUGAAGGACCUUGGCAUUA